GCUGCCAGCCCGCCAAGCCCCAGACCUGGGAGGGGAGGCCCCUCCUGUUAGCCCAGAGGGAAAGAACGAACUGGGGCGAUCCGGCAGGGAAAGCCAUAGCCACAAUGCUUAACUGCAUGCUUCCAACAUGGGGCUGGUUUUAACCCAGCGCUCUGACCUAAACUGCUCAGCUCCCGGAAAUUCCAAGGACCCUGGUGGCCUUACUCCUUGAGGUGGAUCAACACGUGCGACAUGGGGAAGAAAACCAAGAGGACAGCCGACAGCUCUUCUUCCGAGGACGAGGAGGAAUAUGUGGUGGAAAAGGUGUUGGACAGGCGCGUGGUCAAGGGGCAGGUGGAAUAUCUGCUGAAGUGGAAAGGCUUUUCGGAGGAGCACAAUACUUGGGAACCUGAGAAGAACUUGGAUUGUCCUGAACUAAUUUCUGAGUUUAUGAAAAAGUAUAAGAAGAUGAAGGAGGGUGAAAACAACAAGCCCAGGGAGAAGUCAGAAGGAAAUAAGAGGAAAUCCAGUUUCUCCAGCAGUGCCGAUGAUAUAAAAUCUAAAAAGAAGAGGGAGCAGAGCAGUGAUAUCGCCCGCGGCUUUGAGAGAGGGCUGGAGCCAGAAAAGAUCAUUGGGGCAACAGAUUCAUGUGGCGACUUAAUGUUCUUAAUGAAAUGGAAAGACACAGAUGAAGCUGACCUGGUUCUUGCAAAAGAAGCUAAUGUGAAAUGUCCACAAAUUGUGAUAGCAUUUUAUGAAGAGAGACUGACGUGGCAUGCAUACCCAGAGGAUGCGGAAAACAAAGAGAAAGAAAGUGCAAAGAGCUAAAGGAGGGGUGUUCUCUGUCAGUUCUCUUUGUAUAUAAUACCUUCACCUUCCUGCUUCCUCUCCCUCUCCCACCCUUUCCAUCCUAAACACAUCCAUAAAAAAUGUGCUUAUCACUGUGCUCCAUGGGAGAGAUGUUGGUAUUGGUUCUCUUGUAAUAUAACUGAUGAUCUGAUUCAUAAGUGUAACUGUGGAAAUUAGGCAUUUACAUGCUUUGUGUUAGUCUCACAGUUUCUUCUUUUUCCCUGAUCUGUUUCUUUUGCUCCCCUGUAACUUUUUCAUCACCUCAGAGUCAUGAUCUUUUAGGGUCGCUUGCUUUUUUUUUUUUUUUUUUUUUUUUAUACUCUGGGGAAUUUUUAUUAUGAUGGUGACUUCAGUUUCUUGAUUGUUAUUAGAAUAUAUUGAUGACCAGCUGGCCUUUGUCUUGACAUACUGGCGUAGAAAGGAUGUUGUCCAUCUUUUAGGAAGCCAAUAGUGGCAGCCCACCUGUUGUGUCUUUUCCAGUCUCCUUUAGCUCUGCCAGGAGAAUAUAUGGUCCCUGGUGUGGUCUUCUGGGCCACCCCUGUCUGUCCUUGGUUUCCCUCCCAGAACAACUCUGUCCUAUUGGGGGCUUGGCACUUUACAUUUAAAUUUGACAAGGCACUCUGGUUAGCCCUCAGGCUUCUCUGGCCUUGUUAAUGUCAGUCCCUGAUUCUGUUUCUGUAGGGUGGAUUCAGUUUGUCAUAAAAGGACAAGAUUAACUGUGAGUCUGUAAGCUGUACUGCAGGCAGGUAACAGGAUGGGGCUGAUAACAGUUGUCUCUGGUGUCACACGGUAUGUAUGAAUUAUUUCCUUCACCAUAUUUAGGCUGUAUUUAUAUAGGUGUGCCAAGGUGCUGGGCACCCUCUAGCCCUGCCAACCUCCCAAAGCAUUCCUGUAACCAAAGAGGCAUCAUAGCAGAUUCACAUCUCAGAGGACUCACGGGCCUUCUGCGCCAUCAUUCUCAGUUGAGAGUCUUGGAGAGGAGCCACUAGCCACAGUAUCAGUUUCUAAGUACUCGCAGCAGUAACAACUCGUUAAUUUUACUGUCUCAUGACUUGUGGAUUUGCCACCGAGUCUUCAAAGUAUUAAUGUUCCUCCCUGUCUCCACCCUCAGACUUUUAGUAGUAGCUUAUUUUUAUGGAAGAGUAUCACUUCAGAAAGUGACAGGUCUUUUUGACAAAACCUUUUCUCAGAACAAACUACUUACUUUUUGGUUUACUCUUGGUUUUGCUAGUAUAUUGAGAAAGUUUUCUGACCCUAUUCUGCUUUUUUGUCUCCUGAGAAAUGCCCAUCUUUUCUUCUCUUUUUUCUUAUAUGGUUGAGGAUAGAGAAUCAGGACUAAAGGAAACAACAGGGUUUGGAGCUGAGCAUUAAGUUGAGGAAAAAGAAUAAAUGCUGAGGUAGCCUUAAUUCUAGAUUUCAUCAGCUACUGAGGCUGUUUUUGUUGUUGCCUUUGAUUUUUAAAACAUAGCUGUGUGGUGGGAGCAUCCAGCCCUUUCUGUUAUUCAUAGUAAUGAGAGGGAUGUAUGGAGUGCUCCAGGGCUCAGAUGAGCCAAAUAAUAUGCAAAUCAUAGACCCAUUCAUAGCACUCGUUAGCGUGGCUUUCCUGCCCAGCUGCUGAUUGAGCUCUGUAGAGAUUGUGUCAGCAGUUGUGCUGCACAGUAGAGAAGACAGCUGUUGCUGCGGUGACAUGGCAGAUAGACAGUGCAGCUUUGCUGUAAGUCAGCCAGGGAGACGCUGUGAGUGGCAGUGUGGGGAAGAGCGCCUCACCCAUACCUCAUGGGGGUGUUUCCUCCAUAGUCCGCUGGCCUCUGGAGGAAUUAGAUCAAGUGCUGGGUGAGUGACCAUUGUCUGUAUGUAACAGAGAAGUGAAGGAGGGUUAGAAAGCAGAUUUGUUGCACAGGCAGCCAAGGAUAGUAGUAAUUAGGGUAGAUGAAAGUAGGACAGAUGUAAGCCAGAGCUCCUGAGGUGAUCUGAGCCUCUUGAUUGGCAGUUGGAGGAAAAGGCAGCCUGUCUGAGUAGUCAGUGGUCGUGAGCUUGUAAAUUGCAGUGUCUGCAUUUUUUUAAACAAAAUCUUAGCCUGUGGGCAAAUAUAACAAUGAUGGUUGGUAUUAAGAUUGGUCCUAAAAAGCCAGGCCUGGUGGCAUAAGCAUACAGUCCCAGACUGAUUCAGGGCUGUUGUAUAUUCAAGGUGUAUUGGGGAACUUAGUGAGACCCGAUCUUAAGAUUAAAAGUAAAAAGGACUGAGGAUGUGCUUUGAGAGCUUAAUCCUUUGUAAUGCAAGAAAUCAAGGGAAGCUUAAGGUGCAUAAUUGCUGUGAUAACAGGUGAUGUCUAACAAGGUCUUGUACUGUUUACCAUGGUUCUAAUAUUCUCUGUGUAGCUCAGGUCUGCCUGCCUCUGCCUUCUGAGUGCUGAGAUUAAAGGUGUGUGCCACUGC